AUGUUUGUAAAGGAAUUUCUAUUGCAUCUCUACAAAGUAACUGGUGUAAUGAAAUGGCUAGCAGUUGGAGAGACAAUGUGGCCGCAGUUAUCUCAUUGGCUGAAAAUAAUCCACAGACUGUAAUAUUGCAUGGCGUCUCACCAGAGAUUGUGGACUUGAAAGAACAAGAGUUGUUGAACUGUCUUCACCAUGUUUCCAGUGUGCUGCAUUAUGGGAACGUGGUACUAGGUGCAGGACAGUCUGAGGAAAAGUGUAGGGAGUUUCUUAAUGAAAGAUUAGAAAUGUUGAGGAGAGACGAACAUUCAGUGACCAAUAUUGACUUACAGUAUAUGCAGGUAGUGACAGAGUCUGUGAUGUCAUCAUUCCAAGAAUAUUCCAGGUUAUUCCAAGGUAACUUCUCAGGAAAAGUAUGUGCCUUUGAGGGUUACAAAUCUAAGAUAGAAUCAUGGAAACUUGCCCUUGAGACUGUUGCUAUUAUAACCAACAUAGAUACGUACAUAGAAACGGGUAUAACAGACGAACAGACAAAUAUAGGAACAUUAUAAAGUCAUAUUCAUACAAUCAUGCUAUGUGUAUUUCAAGUCAUGCAUAUAUAUAUAUUUUUCUAGGAGUUGAUUCUUUCUAGGUUACAGGUAAGAAUUUACCCAGAUUCUAUAGAACUUGAUAAUCAUUCUUAUAAUUUUUCUUUUGCUUAACUAUUUUCUGUCAGCAAAUUAAUGUGUAACAAUUGUAAAAUUUGCAACGUUAUACAUAGAUAUACUAACUUUUAUUUGAUGAAAUGUCAUUGUUGAUAUUAUUUGCUAUGAUUUUGCUUGUAUACGAGUAUACUUGAUUAAAGUCAAAGUGUUUAAGUAGAUGCAGUUUAGUUGUUUUUGUGUACUAAACAGUCAUUUGUUUGUUUGGAAAAUAUUUUAUACUAUUGAAAGUCAGUUGUUUUAGUUAUAUUUUGGAUAAACCAGUCCAAACGGGGAUUAAAACCAACAAAAAG